CCCUUCACUGCUCUGUAGAAUCCAAUGUUCGCCAAAAAGUUAACCAUGGCUUCCACCAGUGUUGCAAUCAGCGAAGAGGACGGUGAGUCAACGGUGGUUGAUCGUCUGGCUAUCGUUCCAAGCGAGGAGCCACCACCGGCGACGGCGGUGACGACGAGGAGGGGGGAGGUGGAGUCGAAAAUAGCGGCGUGGGAGGCGGAGGAGGUGGCCAGAAUAACAAGCAGGUUGCAGAGGCAGAAGGCUAUUAUAGACGGAUGGGAGAUAGAGCAGGUGGAGAAGGCUAACGCUUGGUUGAAGAAGGUCGAGAGAAAGUUGGAAGAGAAGAGAGCAAGGGCAGCUGAGAGAAUGCGCAAUGAGGUGGCUGUUGCAAAGCAGAAGGCAGAGGAGAGGAGGGCAGAAGCAGAAGGCCGGAGAAAAGAGAAGGGUGGGAAGGUGAUGGAGAUCGCAAGUAUUUUCAAAGUUUUUGGCAGAGUUCCCUCAAAGCGAAGCUUCUUUAAGCCAUAAAAUUAGAUAUUCGUUAAUUUCUGGCUAUUUUUUGCCAUUAAUGAUAUGUAUGGUUUAUUCUGAGUGAUCAUUAAUGUUAAUUAGUUUUGUAAUGAAGGAUUAAGGUUCAUUAUGAGUGAUCAUUAAUGUUA